CGGCGGUUCAGUAGUAGAGAGUCGCGCGGGCAGCGAACACGCGCCAGCCUCCAGCGAGCGCCGUGACUCACGCUCUACGCGGACACGCGGCCAGCGCGCAGCGAUACACACGGCUCGCCGAAACUACGCUCAUAACCGGCUCCGAUUAUCAUAAAUAAAUUAACGCGCAGCUGAUGUUGACAUAACACCGAGUAACGCGCUAGUGCUUACAGGUGUACCCGACUCUAGAGCUGUUGAUGUAUCAGGUGGUCCCUAGUGUACUCCGGAUAGUGCUGUGACUCACAUAAAAUGACGAAAGUUAAGCUCAAGAAAUCCUUGAAUUGUAUAUGAACUUUUGAUUGAGGAAAUAAAUACAAAUAUAUAGUGCGACAAACACGGACAAUUUGUGAGUGAAACGUUGGACAAUUGGUUAUUAAUUACUAAAUAAUAUAAUAAUAAUUUAGAACUCUACAACGCCACGCGAAGACUGACAAAGUAUUAGAAUCCAAAGAAUUCCUAAUCAUAGUAAAUUAUCGGGUCGAUGCUAACAUAAUACUCGCUCUCGUACGGAGCCUUCAUGUUGUAAAGACGUACGACUACAUGAGUUUUUAUAACAAGCUUAUCAAUAAAAACUUUGGACGAAAGCCAAACAAUCGAAGUACAAACGUCGUGAAGCGCGGAAGUGUUGGAAUUCGAGUGUUUGAUAAACCCUAACUUGCGAAAUUAUUAAGGUGACCUUGUUUUGCGACGGCAACGUUUUGUUUUGUGUACAUUGCUUAGUUAGUGGGUUAAGUUGUGAACGUCGCCCGUGGCGGUGCGGCAAGUGACGUGUGAUGGUGUGAAGGAUGCAUUUGCCGUAUGAGUCCCGAGGCCGUCGGCGGCGCGAGAUGGCCGAGCUGGAGCCGUGGUGGCUGCAGUCCAUCGUGGACGAGACCCUCGCCGAGUACCCUGACCUAGUAAGAACGGGCAGCCCAGACUACAUGUGCUCAAUGCUGCCACAACACUGGCGAUCGAACAAGACCCUGCCCGGCGGCUUCAAGGUGGUAGCCUUGGGAGACGUCCUCGAUGGCACGCUGGUCACGGUCAGGGCUGGCAACGACGAGAACUGUUCGGCGGAGCUCAGGAAUAAUUCGGCGGUCAUGAAGAAUAGGGUUGCCAAGUUUAAUGAUUUGAGGUUCGUCGGCAGAAGUGGGAGAGGGAAAAGUUUUUCGCUUACUAUCACAAUAUCAACGAAUCCACCUCAAGUAGCAACGUACCAAAAAGCUAUCAAAGUCACCGUCGAUGGACCUCGGGAGCCGCGCUCUAAAACAAGUACAAACGCAUCGCCACACCAGAUCAGAUCCUUCGGUCUGCAGCGGUCGAUCAUUGCGUGCGACAGCGCGAGCCUGGCUCUCCGGGAGAUGGAGUACAAGAGCUCCUCCGUGAGGAGUCUGCGCUCCCUGUCUCAUGAGGAACGAGAGUAUAAGACUAACGCCAAUCUGCCCUCGGGAGAAACGAGCGGCAACAUCCUUGGAGCCAGCGAGUGGAACACAGGCUACCCGUCAACGGCAUCCAUGUACCCUGCCUACGCCCCCUUGCAGCCGCCAUAUUAUAAGCCUGAUCCUAUACAUAUACCUGCAGUGCUACCUGAAAUCCCGUUGGGCCACACAGACUACAGCGGCUUCCAAUCGGGCACCACCGGGUUUGUGAAAGGCAGUCCGAGCGGCACAGGCUCUGCCCUCACCGAGCUCAACACUCCUGCCGCCAUGCCCGCGCAGAGAUACGACCCCAACUACUACAACUCCUGGCCAAGCAAUACCUACAACUAUAACAACUAUCAAUAUAACAACAUAAACAACAACCCCGCGUGUAUACAAUCACACACACCUUACAUUAAUCCCAACCCUCAAAUGAUCCUUCCCAACCUCUACUCAACAGUCAAUCAAAACCAAAUACACGUCCAUCUACACAGCUCCGGCGAUAAACACAACCUAGAACAAUGUUUCCCGAGUGAAAUCAAAAUUAGUGAUAUAGACGGUGGCAUCUCAAUAACAACUGAGUUACAAGGGGCAGGCGAGGCCAGCGGCAUGGUCCAGACUUGCGAAGCCAGUGAUGAGGCCAAACAUGGACUCUACGGCGCCGCAAACCAAGAAGUGUGGAGACCAUAUUGACAGUUCGUUUCCCCAAGCGAACAAAAACAUUCUGUUGUACAUAUUGUGAUAUAAUCUAUUUUAUGACUCUUGAUAAUGUAAAGAAAUAAAUCAAACUAAAUUAAUGUUAAACAUUAAUUAGAUGUUAAUUGUUAAA